AUGCGUUCCCCGCUCCUCCCCUCCCUCGCCCUCCUCCUCCUCUUCUUCUUCUCCGCCUCCGUCGCUGCCACCCAUUCGUUCUCUUCACCAACUACCUCACAUGCUCGCCGCUCCUUAGCCUUCAAGAAAAAGGCCGUCAAGCCCCUCGACCCGCCCGUUCUUAGAGGCAGGCAGGGCGAUGAUGGCCUCGAACUGGGCCUUACUCCCGAUAUCAACACCUUCCGUGAUGGUCUCAGUGGCUUCCAUUUCUUCCCUUCCACCACCACCACCGCCUCGGCCACGGCAACAAAUGCGACCUCGUCUACGUCCACAGACUCCGCAUCGGCUACCUCGACGGACUCCUCCUCGUCCACAUCUGUAGAUUCCACGAGCGCCGAUUCCACAUCGUCAUCUGAUGCCGCCACCACCACGGACUCCGCCGCCUCAUCUACCGACGCUAGCUCAUCCUCUGAUCCCGCUGCUGCCACCACCACGUCCGCCGACUCGUCCAGCGCUUCUGCCACUUCCGCCGCCGAUUCGUCCUCCGCCUCCUCCACGUCCUCUGACUGCGGGCUCCUCGGCCUUGGUUGCGUUGGUUCGUCGACUACGACGUCUGAUGCCUCGUCCGCGACUUCCACGGACGCAGCUUCGUCCACCGACGCCGCGUCCGCGACUUCCACAGACGCAGUGUCGUCCACCGACGCCGCAUCCUCCGCCUCCGCCACGUCCUCCGACUGUGGGCUACUCGGCCUUGGUUGCAGUGGUUCGUCGACGUCGACGUCCGAUGCCUCGUCCGCGACUUCUACAGAUGCAGCUUCAUCCACCGACGCCGCGUCCUCUACCUCCGAGGACUGCGGUCUCCUAGGACUCGGUUGCAGUUCGUCGACUUCCACCGAUUCAGCGGCUUCGUCCACUGCAUCCGAUUCGGCGUCUGCGUCUGCGACCGAUUCUGCCUCUGCAACCACGACGGACGCUUCAUCUGCGACGGGUACGGCCUCUGCCUCGGCAUCCUCCACUUCGAGCGACUGUGGCCUUUUGGGUCUCGGCUGCUCUGCGUCUUCGACGACGACGGAUGCUGCCUCGUCGACCGACAGCGUGUCCGCAACUGCCACCGGUUCCGCUUCAGCCUCCGUUACCGACUCGUCGUCCGCUUCUGCGACAGACAGCGCGACUUCGUCGGACUGCGGUCUCCUUGGUAUAGGUUGCACGAGUGCGACAACGACGACGGACGUUUCCGCCACGGGUUCGGCUGCUUCUUCCACAGACUCAGCCGCGUCUACCUCAGCUACCGAUUCCGCGACCGUUUCAGGAUCAUCGGCUAGCGCCACGGCUACUUCGUCUGAUUGCGGCCUUCUCGGCGGUAUCGCAGGAUGUAGCAGCUCUGCUACAGCAACUUCGACCUCGGAUGCGUCCAACUCAACUUCCAGCGCUGUAUCGUCGGGUUCCUCUGCAGCUGCCUCCUCUACGAUCACCAGCGCUCCGUCAGGAUCGUCCGCACCGGCCACGUCCACCGCUGUUUCCUCGUCCUCGUGUGGGUUGCUCGAUGGUGUCUUGGACCCGUCUUGUGCUUCGAGCACUAUUUCUGGGUCCGCCUCAGUUACUAGCACGGCCUCUGGCUCAUUCUCCACAACCUUUUCGCCAAACGCCACCACGACUGCGUCGGCCACCGCGUCGGCCAACGGCACCAGCACCUUCAGUGACCCCUUCACCACAACCGCGUCGGCUAACAGCACCAGCACUUCCAGUGGCACCAUCUCCUUCCCCACGUCCACUGCAGGCAACGAGACCACCACCGCCACCGCCACCGCUACCUCAUCUCUUAUCACCUCAACCGCUAAUGCCACAUCCAGUAGUGCAAGCAGCACUGUCGUGAUAUCUUUCCCCACUGGUGUGAACAGUAGCCUCUCGGCGACUGCAACGUCGUUCUCUACCCUGACGUCGUCGGCGACAACUUCCUUCUCCUUCAGCUCUCCGUCUGCGCAGUCACAAUUCUCCUACGUCACCGAUACCAGCCUUCUGUUCACCUCGUUCUCUACCCCGACUCCGACCACCACCGAGACCAAUCCUGACGCACCGACGACCACGUCCACCGGUUCCACGACGGCCACUAACCCAUUGGCUUCUGCUACUAUCCCGGCAGACCUUCCGGCUCGGAUCUUCCCCUCGACAGGAGUCCCCGACACGUCUAAAUUGAGCGGGUACACACUCAUAAGCGUAUUGUUCGACGAUGGGUUGUCGUGGAGCUUCGUGACUAGCAGUUCGCAAUCCCAAGGCCAACUCCUCUCUUGGUUCCCUGUCGUCCUUGAAGCCAGUCUCGGCCUCAGCUCCGCUCAAGUCGUCACGUACGCCCUCCAGGUGUACAUCCCGGACUCGUACACCAGCACAGCGGACGUCGACCAAUUGAGGACUACGUGGACCGGAUACAUUCCCUCGGACCAGGUCGACACCCUCGCUCAGCUCAUCUCAGCUAAGAGUUCGGCAUUCUACACGAGCACCCCGGAUCCCUACCAUACCCUCGCCGAGCAUGUCGACCCCUCGUUCACGCUCGACCUCGUUCAGAACCCGAGCACGGGCGCUUCGACGGGUUCUUCGAGCAGCUCGGACUCCUCUACCGUCAGUACUUCGAGUGACAAUUCGAGGCAGGACGCUAUCAUCGGGGUCGUCAGCGCUCUCGGUGGUGUUACUGUUCUCAUCAUCUGCGUGCUCGUCUUCCGUUCGGUCAAGAGGCGCAGAGAGUUGGCUCACAGGAGGCUUUCGGACCAGGCCGCGGCUAACACCAUGCCUUACGGGGACAGGGCGGGCAGGGACUUCGAUCAGGACAGUGUUGGGGGACAGAGGAGGAGGAGUUUCUACUUUGCGGAAGACAGUUUGAGAGGUAACUCUCAGCCCGCUGAUCCGCAAACGCAGGCGAUGGCUUCUGGAAUGGGUGGCGGAGAGAUGGAGUAUAGCUAUAGGAACAGCCCGGAGCAGAUGAGGGAGAGGCGGCCAGUCAUGGCAGGCCAAAUUUCGGCACCUAUCUUACAACAGAGCAGCAUGAAUUGGUGA